UUUUGGUUCCCCACCACUCCGCACAACUCUCACAAACACACAAGCAACUCGCAACAACAACCCAAAAGUCCGUGAAGCGAGAGAGAACAAGAGAGAGCGAAGCGCCUUUGGUGGGGAGAGCCGUAUUUCUUUGCAAAACCAGGGUCCCGUUCACAGCGGAUCCCAAUGCAACUGCUCAUCCUCCUCCUCCUCUAUGCUGUCGUCUGUGCCAACUUCUGCAGCCGUCAGGGCACCACUGCCCCUGCCCAGAGCGGAUCUAUAAAAGCUUUGCGGUCCUCCAAUAUCAGGCGAGAUGAGAGCAAUCACCUCACAGACUUGUACCGAAAAGAAGAGAGCAUCAGCGUGGCAGGGAACGGCUGCAUCCACAGUCCUCGCUUCCCCAGCAGUUACCCUAGGAACCUCCUGCUGACGUGGCGGCUGCACUCCCCGGAGAGCACCAGAAUCCAGUUGGCUUUUGAUAACCAGUUUGGACUGGAGGAACCUGAAAAUGAUAUCUGCAGGUAUGACUUUGUGGAACUGGAAGACGUAUCAGAGACCAGCACAGUUAUACGAGGACGGUGGUGUGGACACAAGGAGGUACCCCCAAGAAUAACAUCGAGAACAAAUCAGAUAAAGAUAACCUUCAAAUCUGAUGACUACUUUGUGGCUAAACCUGGAUUCAAGAUUUGUUACUCCCUUGUGGAUGAUUUCCAGCAUACAGACUCAGAAACCAACUGGGAGUCAGUCACAAGCUCUGUCUCAGGGGUAUCCUAUCCCUCUCCAUCAGUGACUGAUGCUACGCUCACAGCAGAAGCACUGGAUCAGACCAUCGCUGCGUUUGACACGGUGGAGGACCUGCUCAAACACUUUAACCCGGACUCCUGGCAAGAAGAUCUCGAGAACUUGUACACAGAGAGCGGCCACCAUUAUCGAGGCAGGAGCUACCACGACAGGAAAUCUAAAGUUGACCUGGACAGGUUGAAUGAUGAUGUGAAACGUUACAGCUGCACUCCAAGGAACUACUCUGUCAAUUUAAGGGAGGAACUGAAGUUGACAAACGUAGUUUUCUUCCCCCGCUGCCUCCUUGUCCAGCGCUGUGGAGGAAACUGUGGCUGUGGGACUUCAAACUGGAAAUCCUGCAUGUGCACAUCAGGGAAAACAGUGAAAAAAUAUCAUGAGGUGCUGAAAUUCAUCCCUGAGGCUGGGCAUCCCAGAAGAAGAGGCAGAACCAAGAACAACAUGGCCUUAGUCGAUAUACAGCUGGAUCACCAUGAGCGGUGUGAUUGUAUCUGCAGUUCAAGGCCACCCCGAUAAAAAAAGAAAGAAACAAACAAGCCACACUAAUUGCAGGUUGCUGGACAUUUCCUUUCAAGCAGGAUUGCUCUGAGGACCUUUACUCACUAAUCAUUUGAAUUUUGCUACUAGCCUGCCUUUGCAAUUAGCAGAAAUGAUCCGCAGUGUUUCAGCAUAGCUAUGCUGAUUAGCGCCAUGGCAGAUAAACAGGUGUAUCAUAGAUUUAUGUAUCAGCAUCCAAGAAUAUAGGAUUAUGGUUAUCUGUAACUAGAUUCUGAGUGUUGAGACUUUUCAAUGCUCACUUACAGUCCUUAGGCACACAGUGCCCACUGAAGUUAAACACAAGCUGUGUAGGUAUUUGUGGUAGCUGGCAAUGGAAUGACAUUGUGUGUGUAUUUCUCACUCUCCACUUCCUAACUCAAAUUCUGCUCAGCUCUCUUGAGGGUCAGUAGGGUUUUAUGGGUAUAAAUGGAGAGGUAAUUUGAGCCUGUAUUAGUAUAAAGUGGAUUGUGCAACUCCAAGAGGAACUUCCCAGCGUUCUGGCCCAAGAGAGUGAGAUAUACUAAGUCCAUCACUACAUGAAAUAACACACCAGUGGAGUCAAAUCUCACUGUGCCCAAGCAAAUCGUGGUGAAACCAGUAGAUGCUUUGCAAAGGCUGAGACACUGGUGGCAGUAGAGGGGUGAUAGGAGGUUGGUACUUUUGCCAUGGUGACUCCACAGGAGCCAUCACCCAGGCCCUUGUGCAAGAGAGGGCCCCUGCCAUGUCUCCAGAUAAAUCCCCAUGGGUUGGAUCUGAUUGUGGGCUCCACCUACCUGGACUGCCUUUUGCCCAGAGCUGCCCACAGCUGCUCAGGAGGAUUCCUUGCUACCUGAAAAAGGAGAGACCACCCUCCACUUGCGUCCUUCUCACUGCAGUUUGAGGAGUGCCAUGUUUCCCCAUGCAGGUGAUGAAGAUAGGGAACCUGUUUGUUGAAAAUAUUGAUCUGUUUUGCAGUUGAGUUACUGGGAAACAAAACUGCUUAAGAUUUAAUUAUCGUUGUUUGGUUUGGGGGGUUGUUUGUAUGUUUGUUUUAAACAUAGAUUAUUAUAACUUCAUCAUAUAUGCAUUAAUCUUAGUUAUCUGAGGUUAGUUGUCUCGUUUCAGCUCUGUGUGUUGCCAUGGUUGAACUUUUGACAGUGAAUUUCGUUUUGAUUGCAUUUUGCUGAGGCGUAUUAACUCAUUAAGCAACACCUUUCUGUCAUGGAAAAUGUGCAUCAUUUAUUAACUUCCAGAAGAAUACCAUUAAAUACCACCUCAUAAUAAAAUAAGCACUUUAAGAGCCACGGCUUAGUUUCCUAUACCUUUCAAAAUAUUAUGAAAGUGCUCCAGCUGAAAGAGGAGAAAAAAAUAAAAUACCUUCCAAACUAGCUUUAAAGGAUUUCUAAAUGCUGCUGCAAAAGCAUAAAAUGCAGGCAAAUGUACAUCUUGCAAAUUGGAGUUUUGAUCAUGAAUGUAGCAGAGGGAAUGGGGCUGCACAUGUAAUGGCGGAGGGUUCGCAUUUAAUAGCAGACAUAGGCUGCAUUGACUCGUCCUGUUUUGUGUUGCCUCUUCUGUUUCUGUCUCCCUGAAAGAAUGAAAUGGUUUGACAAUAAUGCAUUAUGGAUAGUGGAAACUGGCAUGUGCUAUAAGAUAAUGUUGAGAUUCUUCCAGACACUGUGCUUUAGAUUUCUUACAGAAGUGCUCUAAUGUUCUGCCUUACCCUCUUUAUCAGCUCAAGUAUUUUGUAAGUGCUGGUCUAUAAUUGUAGCGAAACUUUACUGAACCAUGGCUUAGAAAUGUUGUCUUGCUUUCUUUCCUGUACUUUAACCUUUGAGAUCCAAAAAGUGUGUUUUGGGUUGGUUUUUUUAAUUAUUAUUUAUAUUAAUUUUUCCUCUCUGGCUCCCAGAUGUCUAUUUAAAAAUGCUCCUGAGCGCUGACUUCGGAAGUGAUUCAUCAUUUUUCAAAGCAAUUCACAUUGAAGGAACAGCACUGUAACCAAAGAUUGCCAGCUUUGUUUCGUAGCUCAGAACUGUUUCAAGAAGACUUCAUUCUUUUUCUGUCUCUAGCUUAACAAAAAGAUUGGUGCAGUCCUUCCUUAAGUUUUAGCUAAUUUGGGAAGAAAUAUGCAUGCAAGCCCUUGACAGUGCUGACUGUUUUUUUGAGAGAGUGCACUCAAAUGUAUAUUCCUGACUGAAUUCUGAAAUUAUACCUAAGCACUAUGACCUUGUAGGUAGCAUUGGUUAUAGGAAACACCAGUUUAGUAUGGAUUUAUGCACUGAAUGAUCCUUAAUUCCCACCCACCGGGAGAAAAUGUGCACCAAGCGUCGACUGUGCCUGCUGCCUCUCACAGACUUUUGUUUGCUCACCCAGUCUGCUAAUCCAUGGGAUCCAUCCUGGUCUGGGAGCCUGAAUUACCACUACAGGCAACUGAAAAAGAGGGGAUCUUCCAAAGUGUGCCUUAAGCCCUCAGGCUGAAGUCACUCGGUGUAGAGCUUUUCUUUCUCACUUUUGAUUGUGUAGAAAGAUCUGAAAUCCAGUUUGAACAUCCAGGUGGUGAAAUACACGAAGUUAGAUGGUAUGAAUAUUCAUUUUAAAGACUGAACAGCUUAUAGCUAAUCUUACUGCAUUAGAUACAGGCAUCAGCAGAUGCCAGAGUCCAGCAGAAAAAUUCAUCUGUGAAGUAAACUAAAUACCAGCAAAAAUUUUCCCUUUUUGUUUAUUAGCAGAAAUUACAGAACUGUUUUCCCCAUACAUUUGCUGUCUCCUUUGCCCACAAAAUAAUUCUUAGGUUAUUUGCAUACUAUUUUUUACUUAAAAAGCAAAGCUAUCAAAAAAAAUCACUGAUCUGGUUCAUUUUUACUGCUGCACUUAGACCUUCCCAAAAUAAAUAGCUUUUCAAAGGAAAUUCAGUACAAAUUCCUCAUGUCAAGCCACUAGCUUCUGUUUCUUCUGGGAUAAAACCUACUUUCUCAAGUGCAAUCUGUAUGUUUUUUAAUUUGUUUUUAAUUCUGUUAUCUCAGUUAAAUGCAGCUUUCCUAGCAGUAUUUUUGACUUUAUGCAGUAUGUAAUAUGUCUCUACCUUGAUGA